AUGCCACCUCCGGCACCGGGGUCCAACGACACCCCCGUUGCCGAGCGCUGGGCCUCACUGCCCGAGGAUCUGAUCCGCCUCGUCUCGUCGCGCGUGCUCGCCGGCGACCUGCUGGACUACGUCCGCUUCCGGGCCGUCUGCGGCAGCUGGCGGUCCGCCACCGCCUCCCCUCGCGGUCGCGGCGUCGUCGACCCGCGCUUCCACCCGCGCCGCUGGAUGAUGCCUCCGGAGGGCCACGGCCUUCACCCCGGCCACCCUCACCUGCGCGGGUACAUCCGCUUCCUCAACCUCGACACGGGGACCUUUGUCCGGGCCCACAUCCCUCUCUUCAGCGACCACUGCGUCGUCGAUUCGGUCCACGGCCUCCUCGUCCUGCUACGGGACCAGGACAGCGCCGUCCGCCUCGUCCACCCUUUCACUGGCGACAUCGCUGAGCUCCCACCGCUCGCAACCGUCCUCCCGCAGCUAGGCACACUGCUGGAUACCUUACCUGCGCCACACAGGGUCAAAAGGCUCGCGGAGUCAAUCUGUGCUUCUGCUUCCUUCAGCGGUGGGGUCAUCACCGUUAUGCUUGCUCUUCAUGAGGUAAACCAUGUAGCCUUUGCUACUGCCCUGGACCAGCAAUGGACAUCAAAUCUUCAGAGGCGGAUCAGAUCUUCAGGCAGUGAGGCCCAGCGCUCGACAACGGGGGUGUCGUUGGAUCCCGGUGCCGGAGGUGGCAUCCUGAACCCUGACCUCACUUGCCGAUCCGAUUGGCAACGGCACGGCGCGACUGGUUCCGGUCACGCCCCACACCUCGAGGACGUGCGGCGACGAUAG